UGUACUAGAGCAGUCAUCAUAGUGACCAGACAUAAAUUUUGUUAGACGUCUCUGCUAAGAUUUAAAACGGCAAUGACAGCACAGAAACCGAAAGAAUAUUAGUGAACUGGAGGCAUGAGGAACGCUGCCAGGAGAAAUCAAAGUCUGACGCAUCAAACUUUCAGCAGCUUAUAACAGCGAAAUAGUUGAGUUACCUUCCAAAAUUCAAUGUGCAUAUGAGCCGUUUUCCCACUGUGGGCUCUGAAAAGGGACGAAGGAGAAAUUUAAAUUUAGUCUCAUUUUCAUUCCUUUUUUGAACACAUUUUUCUUAAUAAUUGACUUGGUGACUGCUUUCUGAUUCAGAAGAACGUGUGGACAAUGACAUGUAUUCUAUGCUUUUUACCCCAUUCAAGCAAACAUGUUUCACAUCAUAUUUUUUGCGGGGAUCAAAUGUACAGCAGAAAGUCCCUAAAAGUCCAAUAAAUGUCCUCAGUUUCCUCUUGAGGAUUCUAGUCAGAAACUCUGAUACUAAUGUUAGUGCCCCUUUGUCUUUCAGCUCUGACUGCACAUGUGCAAGUGGGAGCUGUUUAAGUGUUUCCAUAGCAACUAGUUUUCCCAGAUUUCCCUCAGGAGCAGCAAGUUUUCUUUAGCCACUGCAGGAGUCAGGAUCUGGAGCAACUUUACUCACUUUGUCUGCUUAAAGAUUUAGGGCAUGGCUGGCCAUUACGAAGAGGACAGAGAGACAAAAGAGAUCAGCAAACUUCUUUGCUCCGAUGCAGAUCAAAAAGACAGCAAUCUCAGGCUGGAUCAUCUGACUCCCAGACCUGAUCACUGUGACCUCGUCCUAGACGCUAUAGACCAACAACUUGAACAGCUGCAGAUUAUCUCCCCAAAACCAAAAGGCGAUGUGGUUCCUACAUCAAAAAGUGGCAAAAACGGAGUUGCAAGAUGGAGCUUUGGCAACAUGCCGACGGACGGCGAUCUUGAUCUGGACGUCAGGCAGCAGGUCAGGAGGACAGGGUGUUGCUCCUUCAUGGAGGAUGUUGGUGAUUUGAAUGACAUCUGUGUUGAUCAUGGUGACAGUGACUCAGCUGGAGAGGAAGAGAGAGAAACUCAGUAUACAGCAGUGAGGAGAUUCUCUGAUGCACAUGAACAGAUGAAAAGUCUUUCUGCGUCCUCCAACAGUCAGCAGAACAACAGAAAAGCCAACAGUGAAAAUAAAGACAGCAGUGAAGACAUUAAAAACCUCAUCAGGACGUCCACUCCAGUGAGGACAUCAGAGAGGCAGCUGUCAGACUGCAUCAACAUGAAAGAGGAAGCCUUUGACUGCCGACGUAAAUGUGAGAACGAGGAGAAGAAACUCGGAUCAAAGUGGAUUCAGCUGAAAGAAGUUGAGCUUUGUCUCUCUGAACUCCGACAGAAAAAGAAGGAAACCGUUCGGCAGCUAGAACAACUGUCUGCAGAUACGACUUGGAUGCAGAAGGAGAAAAGAUCUUUGGAGUUUGUUCUGAGAAACAGCAGGUACCAGCUACAGCAGGUCCAGAGGCAGACAGAGUCACAUCUGAAAACUGUGUUCUGCUGGAAGAAGCAGCUGGAGGAGCUUCAUGAGGAGCUGCACAGGGCCACAGAGGCAGGGAGCUCACUGCUGAACAGAUGUGCAUGUCAGCAGAAACAGCUGGAGAAAAGGCAUCAGACUGAGGAGCCCCCCGAUGUUGAAGUCAGCGAGCUCCAGCACGAACUGGGAGAAUGUAGGAUCAAGGUGGGAGCACUGGGCGAAAUGUUGGCGCACAAGGAGCUGCAGCUGACGGGUUUGCAGGAGGAACGAGACUCUCUGCAAGUGGAGAGAGACAACCUGAUGAGGGAGCUGCAGCUCUACAGAGAGCUGGAAGAAGCUCAGCAACAACUGAACCUCCACAGGCAAGAGAAAGAUCAAGCUUUAAAGGCACGUCUUAUUCAGGAGCACAUUGAGGAGUUCUGCAGUCUGAAACGUGUUCCUGGGCCUGAGGGAGGGGCGGCAGCAUCUCUCUGCAGGCAGCUGAAGGCCCAGGAGCAGGAGCUGAGGCAGCUUCAGAGCAACACGGCUCAGUGGAAGCAGCAGACUGCGGCUCGCCUCGCAGGCAGCUUUACCGAGCAGCUGAUGGCUGAUCUGGAGAGGUGCAAGACAACGCUGAUGAGGUGCAGAAAUGCAUCAAAGAUGAAAGAAACAAGUCCUGACAGAAGCACCAUGUCUGGCGCAAAGGAAUCUCAGGAGGCUGUUUGCUCCCACUUGCAUCAUGCAGCGGUCGGCGCUGCUGCUGCACACGUCCCCUCAGACGUCUCUUUGUUUCAGCUCCUUUGCUCCCUGCAGAGCAGAGUGGAGCGGCUCCAGGUAGAAAAUCAGGCUUUCCCAGACACACUUAGCUUUGAUGUAUCAGGAUCUUUUCUGACAACAGUGAGAGGGGAAUUACCCAAAGGAGAUUUUUGAGGAUAUUUCACUACUAAGUAUAAUUACAGGCUGUGCAGUGGCAUGCAAAAGUAUUUACACCCCUUGGAGUUUUUUGUAUCGUCUUACUUUGCAACCACAACUCUCCUGUGGGCGAAGGUGGGUAAAGUAGAUGUCUUGGACUUCAUAAGUUGAGGGUUUGAUUCCAGCAUUCUCCUGCCACAUGAUGAUAUGCCCUUGGGCAAGACAGUAAACCCCAAGAUCUGUACUGAUGUGAGUUUGAAUGGUUUUUAAGAGACUGGUGUAAAGUGCUUGGAGCUGUAAAUAUUCCAGAAAAGCACUAAUAAAUUUGGCCCAUUCAUAUUUUAUAAUAUACUAAAACAAAUUAGAGCAAAAUUGAGAAGAGGAAGGAAAAGGAGACAUGCUGUGCCAAUUUUUUAUAAUUAAAAACUUUAAAACUGUGGCUUAAUAUUCAGGUCCCACUGAGUUAAUUCCUUGUAAAAGCAUUCUUUGUGGUAUGACUCCAAAACCACACAACUGAAAUGAUGUUGAAUGUAUUUUAAAGCCAAUCAGCGGCAGUCAUUAUGACUCACUCACUGUUACAUCUGCAUGUGAUAGAAGAAUAAAAGGCAGGUCACUGUGACAUACGGCAGCAUUCAUCUGUGCUGAGAAAAAGGGAUCUUCCAUGGCCUGUCGACAGUGAACUGUGAAUGAGUUGUGAACUGUAAAUUAAAUCAUGCCACUUUCGUUAAAUAACCUAAUAAAACUGUCAUGUGUGAGGAAA